AUGACUGCAAAGAAGAUGAAGGAGUGGGUGGAGGAGAGGUUUCUGGUGCAGGGGGAGCGGGUGGAAGCUGCUGGUGGAGCCGCAGCAUCCUUUAGUCUCAGGCCCCCAGGAGGGGGAGGGGAAAGAACCGGGGCUGAGCCGUGGAAGGAAGAGGAGCCAUUUCUCUCCACCGACUGCAACCUCCGUGCUCACAGCUCACGUUUCACCAGAAUCCAGGGGCCAGUGGCCUGGAGCUGCGGCGGCUGGAGCCUGCUGGGGAACAGCUCAGAGGGAGGGAUGGAGCUGAACGACGGAGCACCCUGCUUGCUGACGCACCAGUGGAUUUUUGCUUCUGGAUGUUAUCUCGGAUCCUGGUCUCCAGUCCAACAAGAGGCCUCUCAUCCACAGCAGUGCUCCCGCUGCCCAGCAGACCUCUUCCAGAGCCUUCCAGACAUGGCUGACCCCUGGCACGCAAGGGGCUUUUUGAGCUGAGAGGCACUUGGCUGGGACAUGAGGAAUUCAUGGACAUGGCUGGCAGAUACUGCAUGUGUUUGAGCUGUAGUUAGAGGGGAUUGAGAAUACAGAAAGUUGAAAUGGAGACUCAUUAAAGUUACAGUGGAGAACUGCCCAAAAAUUCA